UUACAUUAAAAAGUAAGGUGUAAUUGAACAAGUAUACGAAGGAGGGAAGGUAUAAUUCAAAAAAGGAAAGAAAACGAUGGAUUAAAAAAAUUCCGUUUGCAAUAAUAUUUCAUAGACUAUAACUUUGUUUUCCUAUAAAACAUCAUAAAAAAUAAAAUAAUAAUAUUAAAAAAGUGCCAUAAAAUAACCCAUUUAAAACAUAGUAGCAGAAGAAGAUUGAGAAAUAAAAAAUUUUCAAAAAGCGUCAACUGUAAGAAGAGAGAGGAGAGAGAAAAUCAAGGGAGGAGAGAGAAAACCGCUAAUGGAGGAGUGCUAACCAAGAAGAAGAUACAGAAAUUACUAACACUACUAAGCUCAGAUAACUGGAUUGAGAAAAAGAGGAGAGAGAAAACUGCCAUUUUUGUGGGUUUUCGAGCUUUUUUCAUCUUCAUCAAUGGCGGUUGCAGUAUCAAGCAAAGCUAAACAAAGUAGAGGAGGAAGUUUCAUUGUAAUCUUCAUUUUUAUUCUUUAAUAUCUUUUUUUACUUUCCUUCUUUUCUACACUUUCCAUAUUUUUACUCAAUCUCAAUUUAUUGCUCAUAUACAACACCACUUUUUCGAUUUAAUUUAUUUUCUUCCUUUUUUAUUUUUUUUGUUUUGGAGUUGAAUUAAUUAAUACCCAGAUCACAAAUUGAUCUUCUAAAAGAAGCUGUAUUGAUUAGUCUCAUUUUUUUUUAUUUUCUUUCCAUAUUAGUGAAGAUUUUCAAUAUUUUUUUGCUUUUUUUUUUAUAUAUAUUUGGAUGCUGCAAACUUUUCUGGGAUCAAAUCUGGAGGAUUCUGGUAUUGGUUGAUGAAUUGGGAUUUUGGAUAUGAUUUUAGUCAUUAAAAUGAUAUAAAUCAUCUGGGUUGGUGAGGAUUGAACUGUUCAUGUGGGAAAGAUCUUUGAGUGUUGUAAAUAAUAGGAGUAUAAUCAUAUAAUAAAUUAGCUGUGAUUUUCCUCCUUUUUUUCAGUAUUUUAUGAGCUAGGAGAAAAAGGAGUAUAAAUUUGUUUAAUUACUUUGAAAGGAGGAAGCAGAAGGAAACUUGGGAUAGAUCUAAUAUGUGAAUCCCUCUAUUCCUUUCUCAGCAUACCCCCACCAAAUUUUUUCUUUGUGGGUUGGAUUUUUUUUCAUUGUCGAUGUCGUUCGAGUUGUGCAAUAUACCUUAUUGAUUGAUUACACUUGAGGUGAAUUGGGUUUUUUUUUUGGUGUUGAAUUAGGUAGAGUUUUUGCUUGGUUAUUGAGAUUAAGGAGGUUAGAGUUGUGUAAUAAACUUGGUGGGUGAUUUCAUUGGAUGGGAGUGCUUAAUAGCAGUCCUUUACAAGAUCUCAUUGAUAAGUUUAGGUCUUGGGCUUCUUUGGGCAAAAUCACUUCCUUUUCUUGCUCUUCUGAUAUGGAUAUGGUUGAGAGCUCUUGCUGCCAGUGUGAACUGAAGUUUUCGGAGUCGUGCCUCAAGUAUAGCUGUCUAGGCUGUAAAAGGUUGUUGUGUGCCUCUUGUGUUCGUGGGAGUGGUGCUCGUGUUGUUAUUGCUACAUUUAGUGGUAAUAGAAAUGGUGAUCACCUGGAGAAAGUUAUUAAGGCCUGCAAGUUCUGCUCUAAGCCUUCUAAGAGGCAAAUUGAAAAAAUCUAUCCCUCCGAGUCUCCACGGGCAAGCCCGGAGCCUCUAUCACCUCCUGCCGAUUGUGAUGAUAUAAGAGGCAACAUAAUUGCUGAGAGAACUGAAGACGAUUGUGUUUCUCAUACAGUUGGGUUCCAGGAUCAUAACAUUUCUUCUCAGAAUGUGAGCAGCAGCAGGAUGUUGUCUUAUCCAUCACAAAUCUCUCUUCACCAUUCUCCAAUACAGAGUGAUGAAGAACCAGAAGAGUCCGGGAGGCAUUUUUUCAGCUCAACAAGUGAAUAUUGCCAUGACAGUUCAGACAUAGACACUAGUAGUCUUAGUUUUAGGAAUGAGUGUUAUAGUUACAGGUCAGCAGAUUCGAGUCCCUUAGAUAGCCCCUCUAGGUUCAAUAUUAAUACACCUAGGGCUGGGUGCCCUGUACAGCAAACAGUAGGUGGAAGCCCUAAACCUCAGCAUGAUUGUCCCUCUAGUGUGGCCGUUUUAAAAAGGCUUGACAGAGGGACUGGCAAUCUUGCAAAUGUUGAUGGCAGAUUUGAUGAAGUCACCAUCCUUGUCAAAGAAAAUGAAGAGCUUCCUAAACCUUUGGAUUUUGAAAAUAUUGGUCAUAUUUGGCAUCCUCCACUUCCUGAAGAUGAUAAUGAUGAGGCAGAAAGAAAUUAUUUUGAAUAUGACGACGAUGACGAUGAUGUUGGAGUAUCUGGUGGUGUCUUCUCUUCUACUGUCAGCCUUCCUGAUUUAUGUCCUGCAAAAGAAAGCCACAAUGAGGAGCAGGGGAAACCCUUAAGGUCUGCAAUUCAAAGUCAUUUCAGAGCUCUUGUAUCACAGUUAUUACAGGAUGAAGGCGUUGCAAUUGGAAAGGAAAUGGGCAGUCAAGAUUGGUUGGAAAUUGUUAGUAAUUUAGCAUGGCAAGCUGCUAAUUUUGUCAAGCCAGAUACUAGCAAGGGAGGCAGUAUGGAUCCUGGAGACUAUGUGAAGAUUAAGUGUAUUGCAUCUGGAAGCCCAAGUGAAAGCACCCUGAUAAAGGGUAUAGCAUGUACAAAGAACAUUAAACAUAAGAGAAUGACUUCUCAAUACAAAACCCCAAGGUUAUUGCUCCUAGGUGGAUCACUAGAGUACCAAAGAGCUCAAAAUCAGCUGGCAUCAUUCAAUACAUUGCUGGAAGAGGAGAUGAACCAUCUGAAGGUGAUUGUCUCAAAGAUAGAGGCCCAUCGGCCAAAUGUCUUACUUGUUGAGAAAAGUGUGUCAUCUUAUGCACAAGAAUAUCUACUUGAAAAGGAGAUUUCUUUGGUUUUGAAUGUUAAAAGGACUCUAUUGGAGCGAAUAGCAAGGUGCACAGGGGCUUUGAUAACUCCCUCUGUUGAUAAAAUUUCAGUGGCUCGACUUGGUCACUGUGAGCUUUUCCGGUUGGAGAGAGUUUCUGAAACACUUGAGAUUGCUAAACAAUUCAAUAAGAGGCCGUCUAAAACCUUGAUGUUUUUUGAAGGUUGCCCUAGACGGUUAGGUUGUACGAUCUUGCUGAAGGGUUUAUGCCGGGAGGAGCUGAAGAGAAUCAAACACGUGGUUCAAUACUCAGUUUUUGCAGCCUACCAUUUGUCCUUGGAAACUUCUUUUCUUGCUGAUGAGGGUGCUCAUUUACCUAAAAUGGCACUUAAACAAUCUUAUUCUGAACAAACAAAGAUAGUUGCUAAUAAUGCAACAUCGACUCUCCCUUGCUCUGAUGCAGUUGCUCCUUCAAAGCAGUCAAGUGAUGUGGUAGCUUCCUCUGGAAGAUUUGUAGAUAAGAUGGAGAGCAGUCAACAAGAAGUAUCACUUGAGCUUCUUAGUUCUUUGUCAGGUCUCCCUGUUGAUGCUACUACCGAUAAGAAGCUGCCCCACAUGCUUACGGAUGGCUCAUUGCCUAAUGCAACUGUUGAAUCUACAUCCCCUGCAUGUGAUGACUACAUACUUGGAUUCAGUGACUCAAGUAGCAGUGUAAUUGAUCCUGUGCAGUCUAAAUUGCACGAGAAAGUGUUUCCAGACGAAGUUAAGCCCAAAGAGAUGGAUAAUAUUGAUGAAAAUGAAGUUUCUGGUGACCAUAUUACAUCAACCGAGAGUCAUCAGAGUAUACUGGUGUCCUUUUCUAGUCGUUGUGUAGCUAAGGCAACUAUUUGUGAACGUUCUCGACUCUUGCGGAUCAGAUUUUAUGGUUCAUUUGAUAAGCCACUUGGGAGAUAUCUCCGUGAUGACCUUUUUGAUCAGACAUCAUUGUGUCGAUCUUGUAAAGAACCUGUUGAAGCACAUGUGCAAUGCUAUACUCACAAGCAGGGUGUUUUAUCUAUAAAUGUUCGGCGACUAGACAAAGAAAAACUUCCUGGAGAGCGCGAUGGAAAAAUAUGGAUGUGGCAUCGGUGCCUUAGAUGUGCACAGGUUGAUAAUGUUCCACCAGCAACCCGCAGAGUAAUAUUGUCUGAGGCUGCCUGGGGCCUUUCCUUUGGGAAGUUCUUAGAGCUCAGUUUCUCAAACCAUGCAACUGCUAACCGUGUCGCUAGCUGUGGCCAUUCUCUUCAAAGAGAUUGUCUCCGUUUCUAUGGGUUUGGAAGCAUGGUUGUAUUCUUUCACUACUCACCAAUUGAUAUCCUCACUGUCCAUCUGCCCCCUUCAGUACUUGAGUUUAAUGGCCAAAGUAAGCAAGAUUGGAUGAAAAGAGAAGUGGAAGAUCUGAAGAGUAAAAUGGAAACCUUCUAUGCUGAGGUGAGUGAUGUACUCCAUGUCAUGGAGCAAAAGAGUACAUUUUCCAGGGGCGCUUCAAUGGAUUCAGUUGACUUGCAUAAGCACAUUCUAGAGUUCAAAGACAUCCUAGAUAAAGAAAGAAAUCACUACCAAGAUUUACUUCAACUGGCUAUGGAUGACAAUCUACAGUUGGUUGAGAGAUCAUUUGACGUUUUGGAGCUAAAUCAACUGCGUAGGUCUCUUUUAGUUGGUUCUCAUACAUGGGUCCGUCGGUUUUAUUCUCUGGAUUCUCUCCUCAAUUCUGGAAGUUAUAAGCUGGAGGGUUCAGGGGAUAUUGGGUCUCUUGCUGAGCUGAAAGAGUUGAAGAAUGACCUAGUUAAGGAUUCCAAGUUUCUUAUUGAUCGAGCGGAAGAUGAAGGGCACACCGAAUCCCACUUUCUUGAGUAUCUCAGUUCAGAUACUUUACAACAUUCACAACAGGAGGAAUCAUAUGUGGACGGAGAUAUAACAUUUAGUGAUAAAUCUUCAGAGACUCUGCAUUCUCCUGCAUCUAAUUUGUCAGAUAAAAUAGACUCUGCAUGGACUGGCACAGAUGUAGACGUAACUGAAGCUGCUUCUGUAAGUCAAGUAAUCCAAGCUGAUAACCUGCCUCUUAAAAGAUUGAUGGGUCCAGCAAGGGUGUGUUCUUUUGACUCUGCUAUGAGAUUAGAAGAAAAGUUACUCCGAAGGUUGCAUUCUGCAUCACAACUCUCUGCUGUCAGGUCCUUCCAUGCUUCUGGAGACUACAGAAAUAUGAUUAAAGAGCCCACUCCAAGUGUUAUGAGAACCUUUUCACAAGUUAUACCGCACGAGGCUCAAUUUAUGCCUUCCUUUAUCUCUGCAUCUCAUAUGUUUGAAGGUCCUCGUUUACUGCAUCCACAAACAGGCCAAAGCGAUUUGGUUAUUGCUGUCUAUGAUGAUGAACCUACCAGCGUAAUAUCAUAUGCCCUUUGUUCGACAGAGUAUGAUAAUUGGAUCUGUGAUAAGUCGAGCCAAAAGAUAGCUAGCUGGAGUGGCAAAGAUCUCCAGAGAGAGGAUUCUGCAGUUUCCACUUUUUUAUCCUGGCAGUCUAUUGGCUCACUGGAAUUAGAUUACAUCAACUAUGGAAGUUACUGCUCUGAAGACUCUUUAUCAAGGACUAAUUCAUCGGUGAAUGAUCAGAAGCGAUCUCCUCACCUGCAGAUUACUUUUGAUGAUGAUUCUUCAGCUGCUGUUGGGAAAGUAAAAUUUUCUGUUACUUGUUACUUUGCAAAGCAGUUUGACAUGCUUCAAGAAAAAUGUUGUCCCAACAAAUUGGACUUUGUGCGCUCUUUGAGCCGUUGUAGAAGAUGGAGUGCACAAGGGGGAAAGAGUAAUGUGUACUUUGCGAAGUCCAUGGAUGAGAGGUUCAUAAUUAAGCAAGUGACAAAGACAGAGUUGGAAUCUUUCCAGGAGUUUGCAGCGGAGUAUUUCAAAUAUUUGAAUGAUUCUCUAGACUCUGGAAGUCCAACUUGUCUUGCCAAAGUGCUUGGAAUUUUUCAGGUUACUGUUAAGCAUCUGAAGGGCGGGCGUGAAACAAAAAUGGAUCUGAUGGUGAUGGAGAAUCUCUUUUACAAGAGAAAUAUAUCCAAGAUUUAUGAUCUCAAGGGCUCUUCUCGGUCUCGUUAUAAUUCUGAUACAACAGGAGCUAACAAAGUGCUUUUAGAUAUGAACCUCCUUGAGACAUUGAGAACAAAUCCCAUUUUUCUUGGAAGCAAGGCAAAAAGAAGAUUAGAAAGAGCUGUCUGGAAUGAUACAUCGUUUCUGGCCUCUGUUGACGUUAUGGACUACUCGCUGCUAGUGGGUGUGGAUGAGGAGCGAAAAGAGCUAGUACUUGGUAUAAUUGAUUUUAUGCGACAGUAUACAUGGGACAAGCAUCUCGAAACUUGGGUAAAGGCUUCUGGUAUCCUCGGCGGUUUAAAAAACGCCUCACCAACCAUCAUCUCCCCAAAACAGUACAAGAGAAGAUUUCGGAAAGCAAUGACAACUUACUUCCUCACCGUACCCGAUCAAUGGUCAUCUUGAGUUCAUUUUCCCCUUUUUUUUUUCCCACUUCCAAAUGUGAUUCUUUUUGGUUCACAAAUCAGCUGUUUAAGUUAAGAACAAGGCAGGUGAUUCUUGUGAUACCAUGAUGUUCAUUCCUCCUUGAUUCGAGCUCUAGAGGCCAUUUUUUCCUUUUAUUUUUUCUUUUCUUUUACAUUUUUCUUAUUUUCUUUUUAAAAAAAUUGAACGGGCACAAAUGUAGCCCAACAGAAAAAGUGUUAGAUACAUUGAGCGAAAGAAAGCAUGUGCAAAGUUAUGAUAAAUGAAGGUAGGUUCACAUGAAUGGGUUCCAUUUAUCUAGGAAUAAAGUGUAUGAUGUAGGGAAUGACAGAGCGUUCUCUCUUUCACUUUGUAACGUUACAAAGUUAGACCCGAUUCCUUUGGAUCUUACAACGUGGGAGCGUCGUGCCUUUCAAAACU